UUGCACAGAGGAGCAGCCAGCUGCAGGUCCCGGUGCGGUGGCGGGGGCAGGCGGCUGCCCCUGCGGUGGCGGAGAGCACGAGGCCUCAAGCGCAGCCAGAGGCGCGGAAACCUAAAACGGGAAUUUUGAUGUUGAACAUGGGAGGGCCAGAACGACUGGAUGAUGUGCACGAUUUCUUACUUCGUCUCUUCCUGGACAGAGAUUUAAUGACGCUUCCAGCUCAAAAUAAAUUAGCACCGUUCAUCGCCAAACGCCGCACACCGAAAAUCCAGGAGCAGUACAGCAGGAUUGGAGGUGGAUCACCCAUCAAGAAGUGGACGGCGGUGCAGGGAGAAGGCAUGGUGAAACUCCUGGACAGCAUGUCUCCUCACACUGCACCCCACAAGUACUACAUUGGCUUCCGGUACGUCCACCCUCUGACAGAAGAAGCGAUUGAGGAGAUGGAGAAGGACGGCGUGGAGAGGGCUGUGGCCUUCACCCAGUACCCCCAGUACAGCUGCUCCACCACAGGAAGCAGUUUAAAUGCCAUUUAUCGCUACUACGAUAAAAAAGGGGAGAAGCCAAAGAUGAAGUGGAGUAUAAUUGACCGAUGGCCCACACAUCCCCUCCUUAUCCAGUGCUUCACCGACCACAUACAGAAGGAGCUGAACAUGUUUCCACCUGACAAAAGGAAAGAUGUCGUCAUCCUCUUCUCGGCUCACUCGCUGCCCAUGUCUGUGGUGAACCGUGGGGACCCAUAUCCUCAAGAAGUGGGAGCUACUGUCCACAAGGUCAUGGAGAAGCUGAACUACUCCAACCCAUACAGGCUUUUGUGGGAGGCACAGGUUGGGCCAAUGCCUUGGCUUGGUCCGCAGACAGACGAGACCAUUAAAGGGCUGUGCCAAAGAGGACAGAAGAACAUGUUGUUGGUCCCCAUAGCUUUCACAAGUGACCACAUUGAAACGCUUUAUGAGCUGGAUAUUGAGUAUGCCCAGGUUUUAGCAAACGAGUGUGGAGUUGAAAAUAUCAGAAGAGCAGAGUCUCUUAAUGGAAAUCCAUUGUUCUCCAAGGCCCUGGCAGACUUGGUCUGUUCACACCUCCAGUCGAAGGAGGUCUGCUCGAGGCAGUUAACCCUCUGCUGCCCGCUCUGCGUGAAUCCCAUCUGCAGGAAGACUAAAGCCUUCUUCACCAGCCAGCAGCUGUGA